AUGGACUCAUUCGGUGCUGGCGCUGCCACCGGUGGCCGCGCGUGCUACAACUGUGAGUGAGCACUCCUGCUCCCCACCAUCAUAUUCCUUCAUUUGCAGCCUGAAUCACGUUGCAUCCCCCGAUGGCAGCUUUCACGUCGUAUUGAUUGAUCAUCAAUUCCUCAAAUUUGCGAUUUCGGCUUGGGCUCGCGCGCCAAGACAUGAAAUCUCAGCUGCUAAUCCGAGCACAGGUGGCGAUGCGAGCCAUCAGGCGAAAGAUUGCCCACAGAAGGGCACUCCGGUUGGUACUUCGUGAUUCGUGACGCGACCGAAACCAUCGCUAAUAGGUACGCAGACAUGUUACAACUGCGGCGGCCAGGGUCAUCUCUCUCGCGAAUGCACUGAGCCACCCAAGGAGAAGGUAUACAUCGUCUUCCAGCAUGCUGGCCAGGCUCAACGUGCUAAUUGAUGCUCAGUCGUGCUACUCUUGCGGCGAGGUGGGACACAUGUCUCGCGAGUGCCCAAGCGGUGGCUCUUCUGCCCGUGGCGGCUUCGGCGGUGGUGCCUCCGGUGGCCAGGAGUGCUACAAGGUUCGUCCUACUGUUCGCAGCUUAUUUGAUGCUUGCUAAAUUCCUCUAGUGCGGCAAGGUCGGCCACAUUGCCCGCAACUGCACCCAGGGCGGAUAUGGCGGCGGAUCGUACGGCGGAGGGUUUGGUGGCGGCUUCGGCGGUGGUCGCAGCCAGCAGAGCUGCUACACCUGCGGCGGCUACGGCCACAUGAGCCGCGAUUGCAACCAGGGCCAGAAGUGCUACAACUGUGAGUCGUACCCUCCACCUUUGAAGCCUUCAGCUAACAUUUCCCAGGCGGCGAGGUUGGCCAUCUCUCGCGCGAGUGCCCAUCUGAGACCAGCUCCGAGCGUGUGUGCUACCGCUGCAAGCAGCCCGGUCAUGUUCAGGCCAUGUGCCCGAACGCUUAA